UUCCUCCGGGCACCAUGGGCUCGUAAGAUGCCUUCGCUGUGGAAACGGAUAACCUUCUCGGCGGCCUCGGUGCUCUGCGUCGGAUCGGUGGUGCUGCUGGUCGUGGCUCUGUCCACGGAGCGCUGGGUCGCCGGACGGAUCCUGUGCAAAACCGGGGCGGAGAUAGUAAACGCUUCCCACCCGGAGCUGGAGCAGUUCAUCGGGGACAUUUACUACGGUUUGUUCCAGGGAGGCAAGACCAAGAAGUGCGGGCUUGGCAACAGGCGCUCCAAAAUAUACAUUUUCCCAAAUCUGGUGCGAACGUUGAACAGCGGCCUCCACAUGAUGGUUAUCCUCUUCCUGUUGGUGGCUGUGGGCUUUGCUCUGGUCAGUCUGUCUUUCUGCAUCUACAACGCACGAAAAGUUCCCUACCAGAGCAUCAAAGGGCACAAAGGACUCUACUUGUGGAACUUCAUUGCCGCUUUCUUUGCUUCCUUGGGCCUCCUGUGUUUCCUGGCAGCUCUGAAGCACCACAGUCUGACGGAGCGAGUAGCCAAUCAUCGGGAGAACCUCUUCGUGCUGGAUGUGCUGGAUGACAGCCUGGACUGGUCCUUCUGGCUGGGUGUGGGCAGCAUUGCCACUCACUUUGCCGUAUGUGGAGUGGUUGCAAUGAGCCGGAUCAAACUGCCCAAACCAGAGAUUAAGAAACCUGAAGAACCCACCAUCUCUUCUCUGGACCUGCUUUACUGAGGGACCGAGAGAGGAGCAUUCACUGGUGGUUACUGGAGCAAAACACAA